GUGCCAAAAUGCAGACACCGUUUAACUGUUUCGUUUUAAUUUAAGAGAGUUUAAAACAAAUAUACAGGAAAUCAGAACUGGGUAAGUUAGUAUUGAUAUUGUAAGUGGGUUUUAUAGAACUGUGGUGAAAAUACCGAAGUCGAGUUCAACUUAAUAAUAUACAUUUUAAACGAUUAAAACAUUCUAAAAUAUUUAGGGUACUUGACAUAUGGUUUUUUUAGUAUAUCUUCAAGCCCCUGCUUUUCUGCAUAAAGUAUAUACGCGAAUUUCUUGUGUCACCAGCUACAUUUAAAAUUAAGGACAAUUAAUUGAUAUACUUAGAGUGAUGCGCAAAAACUCAUUUCAUAAUGCAAUUAAAUACGUUAAAAUUUAGUAAAAUUUUCUUUUUCUUAAAUCGAUUAUGUAAUUUAUACGAGUGUUGGACUGCAAUAAAGCUUUAAAGUAGAUUAAUUCGACACAAACAAUUUAUGUGGGGAAAAAACAAUAUUCGUUGAGCUUUGAAGAUGAUUUACAUAUUAAAUACAAAAGUGAACAUUUUGGAAAAUGCUGUCAUUGGUACAAAAAAAAAAACAUUUAAAUUAGUAUAAAUUAAAUCUACGUUAUAAAUGUUUACAUUCAUCCUACCUAAAAAACAGAAAAGAUUAAUAAGAGUGGGUGCAAACCAAGUCCCAGACACACAAAAAAAGUUGAGAAAAGCGGAAAGGAAACGAAUGGAAGUAACAUUUAAAAACCUAACCGAAAAAAAAGAGACAUGGCCUCUACGUCAAUGUUUGAUUAACUUCGAUUUUCUUCGUGUGUUUCUUACUAUCUGGGUAGCAAAAUCUUCUGACGGCCAAUCGAUCUACUUCCCGUCAAAAUAUCUAGCUAAAACUUGGCACUUACACUUUAUUCUAAAAAUACAAAUAAAGGAUUGAUACGAAAAAAUUUUUUUAGGAAUUGUUUAAUAUUAGAAUAAAAUACAAUAUAUUGUUACCGUGUAGACAAUAAACUAUGGUAAUCACGUCAUUGAAAAAGCAAUGGGUGUUAAUUGCGCCAUCUGCUUUUCAAUUCUAAUUCCUUCUAAUAAAAUUUGAAAUGUGGGAUGACUUCCUUAAACAUAAUUUCCUUUAUUUUAAAGUUUCCCAAAAUCCAUAAGAAAUGUUGUAUUUUACGUCAGGCGUCCCUAAAAGUACAGCAAUAAAUUCAGCACUUAAACUACUUCGACCUCUAAUACAGUGGUUCCAAACCUUCCUACUGUAUGCACCCUUUAAUACAGUUCCUCAUGUUGUGGUGACAAAAAAAACAACAUAAAAUUAUUUUCAUUGCUACUUCAUAAAUAUGUGAUUCCCGAUGGUCUUAGGCGACCCCUGUAAGGGUCUUUCGCCCUCCAAAGGGGUCACGACCCACAUGUUGAGGACCUCUGCUCGAACAGAUGCCCUUUAGUAGAUUUCUAUUUUUUAAAUUGUUCAUAUGUUAUCACGACUAUGUUAAAAGUGUACUUACUCUUAUUCUCUGUUUUUUAAUUUUAUAAACUGUCUAUAAUCAUGUUAGCUUCUACAAGAUUUCGUUCAUCAUUUGAGCAAGGAUGUUUCGAAACAGCAUUAAAAGACUAACGUUUGGAAAGGUAAGUCUGAAAUAAGGCACGUGAUUGCCUCUAUGUUGCUGUGUAUUCUUUUUCCCCAAACCCUAACCCUAACUUUAAAAAAUAACAAAAUAAACUGUUUUGAACUUUCAAAUUUUAAAGAAAAGAUCUGAGGAGUCCUUUUUUAAAUUAAAAUAAUAUGUAUUUAAUAUUUUAAAGGUGUUUUUUUUUUUUUUGAAAGUAUCGCAGCGCCUUCUGUCAGUGUCAAAAAAUGAACACUUUCAUAAAGGCCAGUGACUUCAAGACAUUAGGGGGUGGGUCUUGUUCACAUUCUGCUCGCCUGCUGAUGUUUAGAUGGCCCGGUAAAACACGUUAAACGCUCAGAUAAAGUUAAUUCAUCUUUUUGAUUCCUAUUAUGAAGUAUUUCAAUAUAUUCUAAGGAAGUCAUAUUUGAAUCAGGUCCGAUAACCAGGCGUUUCUCUGAGUCGACUAAUCGAUCCAUUGAAUUUUCGACACUGACUCGGGAAUAUGAUCUUAAAAGCAUAAGUUGUUGAUUAUUAUUUUUUUUUAAUACAUUUAUUUAUGGUUUUAAAGUCUUUACAUUAUACUGCUUUAAAUGAAGUAGCGAGAAGAAUAUAUGUUCAUGGAACACAUACAUGGCACACAUACAUGGCUGAAGUUUAUAUUCUCCAGAAGAAAGCAAAGUCAGAUGUUGAAGCGGAUGUGAACUUAGGUUUUGGGCUCGGCUAUCGAGUGGUCAGGGGUCCAGAUUGGAAGUGGUGUGACCAGGACAUGCAUGAGGGCUACGUUGGAACAGUUGUUGAGAUAGGCGGUCAAGGGCUCUCGAAAACUCACAGGAACUAUGUGAGAGUUCGGUGGGAUGGUGGCUCCAGGCAUUGGUACAGGGCUGGGCAUGGUGGGAAAUAUGAUCUUCUUGUUUUCGACAACGCUCAGGACGGUAAGUUAAAUAAACGAUUCGCCCAUCUAAAAUGUUAUCAAAAAUGAAUAAAUAUAUCAAUCAGACUAAUCUAAAAAGGUAUCAAGAAUGAAUAAAUAUAUCAAUCAGACUAAUCUUAAAUUGUAUCAAGAAAAAAUAAAUAUAUCAAUCAGAUUAAUCUAAAAAAAGGUAUCAAGAAUGAAUAAAUAUAUCAAUCAGAAUAAUCUAAAAUUGUAUCAAGAACGAAAAAAUAUAUCAAUCAGACUAAUCUAAAAAAGGUAUCAAGAAUGAAUAAAUAUAUCAAUCAGAAUAAUCUAAAAUUGUAUCAAGAAUGAAUAAAUUUAUAAUUUCGGAUUGGCUCUAAUGCUGACUUUUUAGGAGAAAUAUUUCAUGGGAUAUUUUGGGGGUGGUCAGCUUAUGAGAGGGUCAUUAGAGAUUUAACCAAAAAAUAAUAAUUUAUAGUCACAUUAAAUAAUAAUAUGGCUAUUGAAUAUCAGUGAGCUCCUCGUCUACCGUACGCUCUGCAAGUUUCGAACAUUUCAACUAGUGGUCAUUUUUCAGCCGGUCAUUUUUCUGUUGGUAAUUUUUCUGUUGGUCAUUUUUCAGUUGGACAAGUUUCGUAUUUGCCAGAAACAAUAUGGAUCACAAAACUGAAGCUUAAAGCACAUUUUCACUUUGAUGCCUCUUAUUUGGAGUGUCUUUUUAUUUGACACUAUAAAAUCCAGAGGAUGGAAUGAGCACCAUACACACAAGUUUAUCUCUUGGUCUCUCGCGACGAAAGCGUCUUAGGGGGAAUGCUUAGCAAUGAGCCCACAAACAAUAACAACUUUGAUAAGAGAUGUAAUUCUAAAGUUAAUCUAGAGCUUGGAGAUAGAUCGGUAAAAUAGAGGUAAAACUGAAUGUGGAAGAACUUGAAAGAGUGGAUAAAAUAUCGUAGGGACCAGGGUUAAAAGGACAAGCGAGAAAAUGUCGCAUAGUGCGCUAAAAUUGUCAACCAAUUAAUUUUCGGGAAAUAUUAUUUUAUUUUUUUAAAAAGAAACCCAAUUUACUCAAAGGUUUGAAUUAAAACAUUUCUCAUUAAUUUUUUUUUUUUACCACUAGAUUUUUAAAUUUGAUCUUUUCAAUUUUCUUAAUAGUUACUAAGUAUUGUUGUUUUUUUUCUGUUAUGUUCUUUCUAUUUCUGUAAACAUAUUUUGGUAAUCAUAUUAUGAUGUUUCAACUUCAUGGAUCCUAAAUAAAAUGUUGUUAAUGAAAAAAGUCAAAACAUCUCUCUUUCUCUCUAUCCAUCUCCCUCUCUUUCUCUCCCUCUCUCUCUCUCUCUCUCUCUAUCUCUCCAUCUCUCUCUCUCUUUUUCUUUAUACUCUUUCUCUCUCCAUCUUUCUUUCUUUUUCUUUAUCCUUUCUCUCUCUCUCUCUCUCUCUUAUUCUCUCUCUCUCCCUUUAUAUAUAUAUAUUUAUAUAUUUCUAAACAACUUUAUGUAUAUCAAUUUCUGACCCAGGAACACAACACCCCAAGGUGAUGUGUGACGAGUGUAAGACAGAAGGAAUCCGCGGGGUGAGGUGGAAGUGCGGCUCUUGCUACAACUACGACCUCUGCUCGGCGUGUUACGGUGGUGAUAAGCACGACCUCUCACAUCCCUUCUUGAGGAUAGACAACCCAUGGUCGAAACUGUAAGCAACUAAAUCUUAAACUUUGCUCCUUAGUCAUGACACAGAACCUAAAUCAGAACAUUGCAGUGACGAGCCAUCCGUAUUUAACAAACACACUUUAGGGUAUCGAAGCUGGUAGGUUCCCAAUAGAGUGAAUAGAGCAGAGAAGUGUUAGGGACGAGAUGCGCUAGUAUAAAGCAAAGCCAACAUCAAAUGUGCACGCAGUCUAAUCACACAUACUUAAUGACAUACGCCCGUAAUGUCCUGGUGUCAGUUUUAUUUCAUUUUAAUGUGUACAGUUUAUAUUUAGAUUUAAACAUCCCUUUCUUUCUUUCACUUUCCGUUUGCAUGUUUUCAGACACCAUAAAGUACCGUGUCGCAUGGAGAGUCAGAAAGUGCAGGCCAUGGGGAUCUUUACCGGGUCAGCAGUGCGUCGUGGGGCUGACUGGAGGUGGGGAGAACAAGAUGGUAAGAGAAGCUUUGAAGAUGUUGACAUGAAUGUAUCUUAAGUUUACAGGAUGUAUAGUUUAUUUGUAUGUGCAUUGCGUUCAGGAAAAAAUAAUUGUAAGUCGUCAUACUUCUUCUUUUUUUUCAAAUUAAAAUUAAAAUCAGUUGAAGUAGAAAAGUCAAUGACUCUUGAGGUAAGUAGUUUUUAAGUUGAGAAGUUAGUGACUCUUGCGGUAAGUAGUUUUUAAGUUGAGAAGUUAGUGACUCUUGCGGUAAGUAGUUUUUAAGUUGAGAAGUUAGUGACUCUUGCGGUAAGUAGUUUUUAAGUUGAGAAGUUAGUGACUCUUGAGGUAAGUAGUUUUUAAGUUGAGAAGUUAGUGACUCUUGAGGUAAGUAGUUUUUAAGUUGAGAAGUUAGUGACUCUUGAGGUAAGUAGUUUUUAAGUUCAGAAGUUAGUGACUCUUGAGGUAAGUAGUUUUUAAGUUCAGAAGUUAGUGACUCUUGAGGUAAGUAGUUUUUAAGUUCAGAAGUUAGUGACUCUUGAGGUAAGUAGUUUUUAAGUUGAGAAGUUAGUGACUCUUGCGGUAAGUAGUUUUUAAGUUCAGAAGUUAGUGACUCUUGAGGUAAGUAGUUUUUUAGUUCAGAAGUUAGUGACUCUUGAGGUAAUUAGUUUUUUAGUUCAGAAGUUAGUGCCUCUUGAGGUAAGUAGUUUUUAAAUAGAGAAGUCAAUGACUCUUGAGGUAAGUAGUUGAUGUUUAUUUAUUUUUUUGAUGGGAUCAGAAUUAUGGCGAGACAUUGUUUUACAGGUGGUGACGGCGAAGAGGGCAGAGUCCAUGCCAUUCUCUCGUCCGGGACUGACUCAGGGCGGGACACAGCGCACGUCGUGUGGCCAAACGGCGAAGCGCAUGAAUACCGUGUCGGAACUGAAGGAAGGGUUGACCUUAAAUGUGUCAGGUCAACAUCUGGGGGUGGCUAUUACAGAUGUCACAUGCCCGUAUUUGGUAAGUAUAAGAAUGUUCUGAAGAGUUGUCUUAUACAGACACGACACACUUACGAUAGGACCAUAGCAUUAAAAAUGGAAUGUCAUAUACAGUUCGAUAAAAAAUGUAUGUGUUUAAAAAAUUAAUUCCUUUUCCCAAUUUCUAGUUACUGACAUGAUUUCUAUCGAUAUCUAUACUUGGAAACAUUAUGAAGUACCUGAAAACAAUUAAGUAUUUCUCAUCUCUGUGAUUAAUUAUUGCUAAUUUUGACUGUUAUAAUAAAUAUUGUUGGGCUUUCAUAUAACAAAUGUCAAAUCCAUGACAAGAUAUGUUAUGGAUAUAACAAGAAAAGCUGUCUUUUUUUUUUCCUUUAAACAUACACAUUCUUUUAUUGCAACUGUAACCUUUUCUGUUUUAAUGUUUUACUUUCACAUAAGGUAAGAUUGAGGAACCGGCCAAGAGAAAAAACUGCAACUUCAAAAUUGGGGAAUUUGUAAAAAUUGACGUCGAUAUCAACACAUUGAAAAUCUUGCAGCACGGACACGGUGGAUGCGACUCGGACACGGUAUGGACGCACCCGUUGCAACUUAUCGUUUCAUCAAUCAAUUUUUUUAGUCUUUCGUGGUAGUAAAUUUAUUUUAAGAUUAUUAUUAAUUUCCGGAGAAGAAAAUUUUUUUAUGGAAUUAAGGAUUAAAAAAUAAUGAUUUUUUUAUAGGAAAAAAUGUAUAUUACUAUAUAACAUUGAAAACAAAAGACUUUGGUAAUUUUUAUUGAAUAUUUACAUUUUAUUAAGUCACGGUAGAAGCAGUUAGUAAAUAUGCGGUACUAUAAGUAAAUUGUGGUCGAUUCUUUGCGUUCAGUAUACUAGAAAAGUUGGACGUGUCUGCGCUAUAGACAAGGACGGUGACAUCAUUGUCCAGUAUGCAGACGGCGUCCAGAAGACAUACAACCCACAAGGACUAGGCCAGGUAUCAAGCUUUAAGUAUCCAUUCGAUUGUGUCACCAAUAUUAUUUGUUGCUAUUUUGAUAAAAUUAAUUUCCUUUUUUCCAUGGCCAUAAUCUAUUUAUUAAUAUCAAAUAUUUAAUUUCAUAGCUAUUAUUAUUAUUCAAUUUUAGUAAGCGCUGAUUCAUGUUGUCUGAAGUCAGAAUUUCAUGCUAAACUGGACACAUUUUGUUACCAGAUGGUACACAUGUGUAUCCCUUUUUUUUAGGGCUAAUGCGCUUUAAAAGAGACACAAUAAUUUUGCUUGUAAAAAAUUAUUUUACUGUUUCAAACGUUUCAUCAUUUUUUAGAAGUGACAAUUAACAUGGACACCAAUUACUGACUUACGCCUACAGGUUUGGCUGAAUGCCCAACACGUGAUUCCCACUGUACCAAACACACCAACAGAGGUGAAGGGCUUGAGUGAAGAUGUCGACACGUCCACUGGUAGCAACGGUGGACUGGUCAACGGAACGCUUCAGUGCAAGGUCUGCUUGUCUCGCGAAGCCUGUGUGACUUUUGUACCGUGCGGUCAUCUCGUCUGUUGUCCUGAAUGUUCAGCAGAGGUUGACCACUGUCCAGUCUGCCGUACAAAUAUAGAGCAUUGGAUACGUACCUUUAUUUCAUAAGUAAAAAAAAUUAUGGCAAAGAGUGUUACUAUUUUCUUCACGCAGACGGAAUAGCUAAAUAUAGCCAAGUUUCUUUUAUUAAUGUAAGACAUAUGAAUUUUGAUGCCCAGCUCUGACUUCCUCGCCAUCGUCAUACAUGACCUUAAUUUCGUUCUGGUAGUGGUGUCCCCUGAGGGUAUGCUUUUAUCCCAGCUUAGUUUCGUGCCUAGACUCAUUAUAGUCUAAAUAUGUAUACUAAACUAAAAGAAAAUCAUAAUUGUGUCCGUUCAAAAAAAUCAUUGUGUUUACUUAGAUAAACAUGUGUCGGCAUUGUCACUUUUAGAGGGAUGAGAGAAGAGUUCAAGGGUGCCGAACGAAACUGGGGUUCAAGGUUUGGAGAGAAGUCUCAAUAAGCCCAUCCCCAAGAAAAUUGUUGAUAACAAAUUUAAUAUUUUUCAUAAAAUUUAAAAUGAUGGGUUGCAUUUUGGCACAUACAUGAAUUUAGUUUUGCACCAUUCUACUAUUAACCGGCUAGCAAUAAAAUAGAUUAUUUUUGAAGUGUAGGUUCCCUUGACCACGCAUGGGUUACGCAAAAUCCCUUUUAUUUUUAUUUUUAUCUAAAUCGUUAUGCUGUUUUAUUAUUUUAUUUUGAAACUAUAUAUUUGUUUAAACUAAUUCAUCAACGAAUCGCUAUAAAUAAAAAGAUUUAAAAAUUCCGUUCAAAACAUAUGACCGUUAAUUUUAAAUAAAGGAAAAUCUAUUAGUAUGUUAGUACAAUAAUUAUCGUUUUAGAUUUAAUUUUUAAAACCUAAGAAGUCUUUCCCAAAAUUUACAGUUACAAAAAUGUUAGAAAAAAACAACUGUUUUGUAGAAAAGGUCUAAAGUUUCUGUAGGGCUAUUUAAACCAGUUCAAUUUUAAAAUAAAUUGUAUCUAUAUGGUGUAAGAAGACGAAAGGAAAUAUUUACAAUGGCCGUCAUAUAUUUAUUAAAAUACGAUUUAUCUGAGGAAAAAUGAAACAGCAAGAAAUUCCAAGCUAAUACAGUAAUUUAAAAUGUUUAUUUGGAAUUUCUAACUUUUAUAACGUUAUACAUUUAAAUUACUAAAUAAUAAAUAUGCGAUGCCUUUUCUAAGACUCGUUGAAGUUUAGAACGGGCUUCCAAUAACGACUAUGAAAACAUUAACGAAUGAAUUCAACGAGGGGCAACAUGCGUUUGAGCUCUAGGUGUAUUAGAUUAGAUGUGUAGGAUGCGAGCUCGCGAACUGCCUGUCAAUGUAAUGAUGGCUUGUUUCAUGGUCAUUCAGCAACCCCCCCCCCCAAACCACUUACCUCAAUAGAGACAUUGAACGUUACAUUUGUGGAGCUUGUGAAAAGUCCUAAAACCAGCAGUUUAUGAAAAGAUCGGAGACGUCAAUUUAAAACGUUUUGAAAAGGGGGCAUGCUGUUGGCAGACGGUCACAUGGUUAGGUGAGACGUUUAUAUUUAUCACAACGAUGAUUAAGACGAAACACGCGAACAUGUUUUGAAGACGGAGACUUUGACUUGUAUCAAUAAUCCCAGAUAAUCCCCGUUUUGACCGAUUACAAUAAAACUGACAUCAUUUGGUGUAGUUUAUGGGGAAAAUAAGUCAAUAGUUCUCCUAUAUGCUUAACAUCAGAGAAAACGACUACUUCAUCCUCAAAAGCAACAUUUAGAGCCACUCGUUAGGAACCCAGGACUUAUGCACUUAUAAAAAUUGAUAAUAAAUUAUGGAUAAUUAUGAUAAACAUUCAUACAUUGUUAAUAAAACUUUUUAAACU